UUAGCAGUCUUCUCCUUCCCUGUCCUCUACAUUUGUUUCCAACACGUAUCCAAUAACUUCAGUUAGUCUUCUAUUUGUUUUCCAUUUUUCUUCGCACGAGGCAAUGCACGAUGCGCGGAGAGCAGCGGAGCGCGGGAUCUGGAUGUCUGGACGGAGAUGGAUGAAUAGAUGGGCGGACAACUGACAGCACCGUGAAAUCCCCGGGAAGUGGACGUGGCGUUCAGCGCCGGGCUUUCUGCAACUUUGUCCGCUGUUGCUGUGGAGCAGGUGAAGCUGGGGGUCGGACACAGCUUUGACACGGACCGCCCCGCCAUGUGCGCCUUUUCUCUGGUUUUCGGAGUGCGUUGAGCGACAGACGGGAUAAAUGUGGUCUGUUCUUCUGGAUUCUGAAUCCUCGUCAGUUAAAGUUUUUUUUUUUUUUUUACAUAGGAACCACAUUGGGGAUGCUAGAGGAACAUUUUUGUAAUCUUUCAGUAACACCCUGUAUGUAAGUUACACGAGUCUAUGGGAAAAGGCUCAGCGGAGACCAACUUUUACGCACGAGUCAUUUAUGUGAAAUUUCCAGAGAUGAAGGAGAAAUGCAAGAACGCGGCGAAGACGCGGAGAGAGAAGGAGAACGGAGAGUUUUAUGAGCUGGCCAAGCUGCUGCCUCUGCCGGCGGCCAUCACCUCCCAGCUGGACAAGGCCUCCAUCAUCCGACUGACCAGCAGCUACCUCAAGAUGAGGGCCGUGUUCCCCGAAGGUCUGGGUGAUGGAUGGGGUCAGGCCACCAGGUUCAGUCCUCUGGACAGCAUGGCUAAAGAACUGGGCUCCCACCUUUUACAGACUCUGGAUGGCUUUGUGUUUGUUGUGGCCUCUGAUGGCAAAAUCAUGUACAUCUCUGAAACAGCAUCGGUCCACCUGGGCCUGUCCCAGGUGGAGUUGACAGGAAACAGUAUAUUUGAGUACAUCCACCCAUCAGACCACGAUGAGAUGACAGCAGUGCUGGGUCUGUGCCAGCCCCCACACCAUCACUUCUCUCCGGAGUAUGAAAUCGAGCGCUCCUUCUUCCUGAGGAUGAAGUGUGUACUUGCUAAACGAAAUGCAGGACUCACAUGUGGGGGAUAUAAGGUGAUCCAUUGCAGCGGCUAUCUGAAAGUGCGUCAGUACAUGAUGGACAUGGCGCUGUAUGAAUCCAGUUAUCAGACCGUGGGCCUGGUGGCAGUCGGUCACUCCCUGCCCCCCAGCGGCAUCACCGAGAUCAAACUCCACAGCAACAUGUUCAUGUUCCGGGCCAGCCUGGACUUAAAACUCAUUUUCCUGGACACAAGGGUGGCAGAGCUGACAGGCUUUGAGCCCCAGGACCUGAUAGAGAAGACUCUCUACCACCACGUCCAUGGCUGUGACAUUUUCCACCUGCGCUAUGCUCAUCAUUUAUUACUGGUGAAGGGGCAGGUCACCACUAAGUACUACCGCAUGUUAUCAAAGCAUGGAGGCUGGGUGUGGGUGCAGAGCUACGCCACCAUCGUCCACAACAGCCGCUCCUCCAGACCUCACUGUAUUGUCAGUGUGAACUACGUCCUCACCGACAUCGAAUGCAAGGGUAUGCAGUUAUCCGAAGACCAGAGUCGAGCCACUAAGCCAGGUCUCGGUGUCCCUUCCACCCAGGACCACCGCAAACACCUCCGAACCAAAGCAGUCAAGAUGAAGCCCAAACCCAGAGCAGCUCCCUAUCCUGAGCAACAGGCUGCUAGCGUCUUCCAGCCGGACCGCUUGAGCUGCUCCCCCCAGAGGGGGCUGUGGAAGGAGCGAUCCCCGUACCCGCUGACCCCCUGCAGGGAGAGGAGCUCCAGCCUGAGCCCUGAAGCGGGCCAGGUGUCCGGCUGCGGCCCCACUUACAACCUGACCCUGCGCUAUCCCUACAAUCACCGACAUCUGGACGCUCAGAGCCAGAUGCCGAGCUCAGGCCCGUCCUCUCAGCUGGCUCAGCAGAUCAUCGGCUCCCUGCACAGCAGAGGGUCUGUUGGCUGGAACAUCAGCAGCCCCCCAGCACCCAACAAAUACACAGGCCCCGGGCUGGCAGCUGACCGUAGGUACCCUGAUGACCUCUACCAUGAUUGCCCCAGCAACACCAACCCACAUGCCACCAGCAGGCUGAAGGAAGAACCCUACGAACACUACAUGCUCGUCCACGACAAGGUGUCUGAGGUCUGUCCACACCCCCGUCCUCACGCUAACAAGGACGGCAAGCCUUUAAACCCGGAGGUCCAACAUCACGCGAGAGGUGGAGAGGGGCCCGGAGGGGACCGGGCCCUUGCCUGCCCUUUGCUCAGCGGUCUGGUACGGGGUAAAGUUGAGCAGGGCCCGCUGCACAGUGGGGGCCAGCUUCUCCCUGUGGAGCAGAGGAGGAGGCGGUGCAUGAUGGAGGCGCCGUACAGCCCCCCAGGAUAUCCACACCCGGCCGACGGCCCCCAGCACCAGCAGUACGGAGCAGCCGCUGAGCUGCUGCAGCCCAGAGCUGCUGCUGGGGACGACCGGAGGAUGUUCAUAGGUAUGGGGGUCGGGGUGGGCCUUCCAGCCCAAGCUCCAUACAUGUCUUUGAACUUCCAUAAGGUCCUGGGCAAACACGGUUCAAUUAAAGCCCCCGCUUUCACCACGCUGAGCCAUAUAGCAGAUGGCCACAGUUGCCGCGGUAAAGAGACGGCUUCUUACAGCUGUAACAGCCAGAGCCAGAGUCCCAGCUCGGGCUCGUCCCCCGACAGCCACAGAGAGAUCCCACAUUACAUCGGCACAUCCGUUAUCAUCACAAACGAGAGGUGACCCAUGCAGGACGGAAGCUCCAGAGACUCUCAAAGCCAGAACUCUGACUGCUUCAAAGGCUCCAGCCAGGGUCGGACUGGGGGUGAAAGGGGAGUGAGCACCCAGGGCCCAAAAAGAUGCUAUAGCUGUGGAUGUGGGGAGAGGGCCCAGAAUUUUGUGCUAAACCCCCCCUGAGGGUUCAUUUUGCACUCCUGCAGGAUAGUUGUACGUCCUUUAAAAGACCAACCUGAACAUGUUCUAUAGAAUUUAUGCAAUAUAUGCAAUGCAAUACAGCUUUCACAGGAAUCAUAGUCACUUUUUCCUUUAUUAUUAUUAUUAUUAUACAACCCAAACUAAGGGCCUAAACAUUAUAUAUUGAUUGAACCUUGUUUCGUUUUUAAAUAAAAUAUUGUUUUUCCAUUUUAUUAAAAUUAACAUACAUGGACAUACCAUGUCUAACUUAAUAGGUUCCAUACUGAUGCCAAGCAUACAUCAAUAAACUAAAAAAUCUAUCUCCAUUUUUUUGGCAAAUAAACAGAUUUGUAAAUCCUGCA